UCUCGGACGCGCCCCGCUCCACCCUCAGCGGCCUGCUCAAGGGCGACAUCAGCCUGUCGUGGCUGCGCCGCCUCGAGGGCACCGCAUCGGUUGCUAACCAGGAGUAUGACGCGCCAAAGCGCACAUAUUACGAGCUACUGGGCAUGCGGUGGCGUACGUACCUACGCGACCCAGUUGCCCCACAUCCGCGAGCAUGGCACGGAUGACGAGGCCGAGGAGGCGUCGGGGGUUAUUCUUCUUGCUUUUGUGGACUUGCAGGGCAAAGAGCACUCGGUGCCGGCGGACAAGUCCGAGACGUGGGAGGCCAUGCUCCAGACGCUUGAGAGCGAAAACAUUGCCACAGUUCCGUACAUCAUCCGCGGCCUAGAGAACAAGCGGGUUGCCCCCAGGUCGUGGAAGACGCUGCUCAAGGUUAUCCGCAAGCGAUUCCGAGCCGGGCUGGGACUCGGAGGAGUACUGGCGCGCCAAGCAGGCCGACAUGUACGUUGGGGCGCGCUCGGCCUGGGAGUACCCGACGGCGCCCGUGCUGUCCUUCUACUAGGCGGCGCAGCUCGACGUCGAGCCCGGCUACUGGGCCACGCCGUGGCGCGACGGUCUGUUCUCGACGUGCGCCGACGCGCUGCCCAUGGUGGUCGACGUCGCGCUAGCCGGGCUGGCGCACACCGUGCGCACCGCCCGCGUAGCCGAGGCGAGGCGCAACAAUAAGGCCCGGGCUAGACCUGACAACAAGAAGGCCCGGGCUAGAUCUAACAACAAGACCGGCGGCGGCAACGAGCAGCAGCUAGAGCCGCCCGUCGACGAGGCCACGCUAAAGGUCAAAAAAUGGCCACGGACAUCCAGUACGCGCACUUUCACGGCUCCGCGUGCUCGACGACCUGUGGGUGCACCUGCGCCAGGGCGGGCACACGUGGCCGGCGCUGGGU